AUGGCUGAAGCCGGCAAGACUGCGCCUUCGCCGAGUCCUAAAGACGCGAAAGAAUCCCCGAGUGUAAACAUGGCAGAGGAUAUGAAGGCGUUUCGCGGCAAACAUUAUUUCCGUCUCGUUGUGUCGACUGCGGGCUUCGUUGUGCUUGCCUGGAUCUUCGGACGUAUUGGUUUUGGCAUCGUGUGGCUUGCACCGUUCCUCGUCCUGGUGUUCAGUUGGUGGAACCGAACGUCUUCCGAGAUUUUGGAGACGACAGCGAGGUUGGCCGAUGUCCAGGCGCGUCGAGAACGAGCAUUUCAGAACGCUGAGACUGCCGAAUGGUUGAAUUUUAUCGUGAAUAGGUGGUAAGAGCUGUAUUCACGAUGUUUGUGAUGUUACUCUGAGUGUGCAUCCACACCGGGCAGGCUGUAAAGUUUGCCUGACCACGUUGGGAAUCGAACCGCGACCUUUGGGAUACUAGUCCAAUGCUCUACCAACUGAGCUAUGAGGUAGAGCAUCAGUUGGUAGAGCAUUGGACUAAUAUCCCAAAGGUUGCGCGUUCGAUUCUUUUAGUCCAAACUUUUCAGCUUGCCCGGUGUGGAUACACACUCAGAGUAACAUCAGUCACAAACAUCAUAUUCACUUGAGUACAUAACACCAACACACACAAAAGGCUGUAUUUAUAUUUGAAGACGGAUUUCCGUGAAAGAUUUCACCGUAUUUAACACACAUUGCUGUGAUUUUUUAGGUGUGUGUUUAGUGAUAGCUCUAUCUUAUCCUUGAUCAAGACCAGUUUGGAUCCGUUACUGGAAUACUAUAAACCCACGUUUCUAGGUGAGAUGUCAAUUAUUCAUAAUCCACAUAUCUUCAUCAUUAGCAAAAUUCACCGAGUGCAUCACUUAAACCGUAAACAGAACUCAUUAUAAGCAACUACAGUUACUAACUAUUUCCAGGGCCGGUUAUAGAACAUACAUUUUUGGAACGAGAGAACCUUAUUCUUUUAUAUGCGUUCUGGGUUACUAUCCUGUACUGAUUUGAUGUGCUCCCCCCCCCACCUGAUGAUGUUGACGUCAGAAUUUCACUCUGUCUAACGCCAGACGAUUUUCCUUCAUAUAGAGUCCAUUGAAGUCGAGGACUUUACCCUGGGUAGUCGCACACCUUAUUUCAAGUACAUCGAAUGUUUUGACUCGUUUGAGGACAACAGGAAAAUCAAAGCAUCUGAACUGGCAAUGAGAUUCCCACCAAGUGAUUUGUCAAGGACGCCCAAGUACAAGGCUGUCAUGGAUGUGGAUCUUGGCCUUGCAUCGCCAGAUUCAAAAUUUGUCAUACGAGUUAAAAUUGCCAAAGCUGCGUAAGAUUUAUUUAAUUUAUUUUAUUUCUCAUCGAAUAUCUCAAACGCGAGGGACUUGUUCAGGAAGCACCACAUUAAAUUUUUAACGUCUGCUUGUAACCGCCUGAAAGUGAUACAGAAAACUUCAAACUUCUCUAAGAUCGUUGUGCUGCCUGCCUACCUGAAAAAGCAUAAAACACUUAUUCAAUGGCCCAAUAAUCAAACUUAUUUUUUAAAAUUCAGAUUGCUGGACUUGAGUACAGAUAUAGCUGUUGAAGAUUUUCAUAUCAAUGGAAAGAUGCAGUUUGUGUUUUCUUUUAAUCGCAAUAUUCCAUUUCCACAUCUUGCUGCGAUUUCUCUCUGCUUUCUAGAAGAGUGAGUAUCGGUUAUAUGAAUAGUAAAUUAAUCAUUAAAAUUGUAGGUGCGUGGUUUCACUAAGCACAAUCGAUCGGAAAGAGCGAAGAAAUUUUCAAUAAAAUUUUUUCCAUAGUGGUUAACAGUUCUGGAGAGGAACACCAUCUGCUGUUUGUAACGCUUGCUGUAAAUUACCAAUUCUUUUAUUGUGUUUCUGUCGUAUUUCUUUAGACCUGAAGUUGAAUUUAACAUUCGUCUAUUGAAAGCCGUUCAACUGAUGGAGUUUCCUUUGCUCAAGAGCUGGGUUGCCAAUCUUGUUAACGACUGUUUGAAAUUAUGUAAGUGGUAGUUUAUUGAAUUUUUGUGGGUUAAUCUUUCGUAGAUAAUUUGUAAGUGAAUGUGCAUUUCAGUUCUGUGACAUGCAGAAGUUGUAUGAUUAAAAUUUCUUUUUCGUCCAUUUGAUCCUACCCAACAUGCAGGCAAGCCUUGAUAAAAUAUUUUUCUUCCUGGCAGCAGGCUUCCCAGACCUAAAAUUUCCUGCUAAUUUUUUUAUAAAUAUGAAUUUUGGUUGUAAUUCGAUAACAGUGUCGUAUAUACAGUAUACUACCUUAAUAAGUCAUAUACUAGUAUACUACCUCAAUAUUAAGAAAAAUAUAGGUUUACUAGAAUUAGGAACAUGAAGGAAUUCUAUGAAACGAUAUUUGAAUUUUGUUUUCAGAUUGUAAAUCUGAAUUUAUAUCAGUAUUCAUGCACUGUUCAAUAAUGGUAGUAUGCCCUUGUUUUCCACAUGUAUCAUAAUCAUGAGUCAUGAUAACAGACAGUCGUAUAUAGCAUUGCCACAUGAUACAAAUUUUUAUGUUAUGAUUGUUGUAUUUAUGCUCUAAUUGUGAUGUUUGUUACUUUAAUGCUGAUUUUUGAAAUUUCUCGAGCUUCAUUCUUGAUAUCUUGCUUUUCCUUAAAAAUUUCCUGUGAGAUUAAGAAAAUUUCCUGGCUGCCAUGCUGGCGGACUUUCUCAUGCCUUGUAUGCAGGUUUUUUCUGGGCACUCCAGUUUCCUCCUUCAGUCAGUAACACUGGAUCAAUAAGAUACGACCUUUACUGGACCUUUAGUAAGAACAGUUCAGAACCGAUAGAGCUAGCUAUCCAGUAUAAGUAAAGUUAGUUAAUAUCCUUUUCAUACUUUUUAGCUCUGGUUGAUCCAGGCAGACUCACCAUUCCAUUAUGUGACGACCCCGACGUUCUUGGACACGGAGCACAAUACGGUAACAACAACACACUUCAAUUAAUUAUGCACCGCUUUUCAUAGACCUAGGCCUGUUGCUCUCCAAUUCACUCACAUAUAUAAUUGAAACGCUUUGUUACCUUUAUACCAUGCAUAUAUCAGGACAGUGGUAACAAGGCAUACUAGCUAUCCGAAAAUGUAAAUUGGUUGGCAGCGGCACAAACAGUUAAUGUAGCUCUAUAUGGCUCUAAAUAAAAAUACAAUACUGUAUUAACAGCUUGAAGUUAUUUUCUUUAGGUUGUGGUAUCCUCACACUGACCAUCGAAGGAGGUUAUGAUGGUAGACUCACAGGUGCGUAUCGCCGAUAAAAUUAAUUGUAACAACAACUGACACUUUUAACCAUAGCUUAAAAAUUAUCUUGACAGUUAUAAAAAAUUACAUAAAGAUUCCUUUUCAGAUAAUAUGAGAUUUCUUUCCUUGUGGUUUUAGACGAUGUUCACUGGUGUGCUUUAACUCUUGGUGAGCAAAAACGACAGCUUAAGGAAAUCCAUCAUGGUGACGAAUGGUCUGAUAAAAUUUCCAUUCUUGUCUACAGUUUAACUUAUGACAAGGUAAACACAAUUUUCACGAUAUUAUUGUAAACAUGAUUCCCCCCUUUUCUUUGUUAAGUAUAGUGUACGUAUUUAGCAACGCAAAAAUUUUAAUUAUUUAGUUGAUUCUAAAGAUGAAAGCAAAGAGAAAAUUAGGAAAUAAAUAUACUGUGUUAGAAUACCAAAUUCCUCUCGCAAGACUUGGCCUUGAUACAAAUGGAGACCAGUAAGUUUCUUGCUUUUAUAACUUAUUUUAUUCGCACUGGAUAGUUUUAUCAGUUCUAAACUGGUCUUCCUAACCUAGCUGUUAGCCAGAAGGGCGUCCUGGGGCGCCCCUAGAACGAAAAAUGGACGCCUUUGGACGCCUAAAUUCUGGGGGGAAAGGGAAAUGAUUUUCAACGAUUUCCCUAAGUAUAUUAGUAUAUCUGAAACGAAAUAGCUUCAAUUCUCAUUAUUAUUAUACAUUUGACAUUUUAAUCAAUUUGAUGGUGUACCUGGUUGAAUGAAAAUGUCGUAGAUAAGUAAAGAAGCAUAGCGGCACAAACUUACAAAGCCACGUGUGUUACUUUGAAAAAUUUCGAACGAGCUUGGAUACUGACAUGAAGUAACGUAAACUUCAAAGGUUUUCCAGAGGAACGUUUUCUCGAGCCCCCUCCCCCCAGUCUUUACUGUAGAUGUAUCGUUAUACCAAAAGUGGACGCCCUCUUUCAGGACCCUGGCUAAGAGCAUGUUCCUAACUGAUGUCAAAUAAUGACAUACGUUAUUGGUUGAGUGUUACCACAGGAGGAAACUUAAAACUAAACUAAACUAAUGCAAAAUAAUUGCUCUAUCUACGCUAAACUGGUUUGUCUUCCUAGAGGUCCAGGAAGGACCAGACCUUAUAUGCAUUUUAUUCAAUUAGUUUUCUUUACUUUUUCUUUAUACAAAAGUAAUUGAUUUUUAGUUACAGAAAGAUGUGUGCAUGAAGUCUUUCAAUAGUUGUUUUGCUGUUUUGCCAGGGAGGAAGUGUUUGAGAAAAGUCGUCAAAGAGGAUCGAAGAUGAAGGUGUCAUUUGAAUACGCUCCACUUCCUGUGAUAAACAUCACCAACGAAACCACAGAGGAAGACUUUCAGAAGAAUUAUUUGGACAAAAUGAAAGAUGAGGAAAAUAAUAACAGUGAAGGUAUAAGAUUAUAAAAGAAGGUAUAAAAAAGCAUUUGAUACGAUUGAUCACCAGAUUCUAUUGUCAAAACUACAAGCUUAUGGGAUACGCGACCACACACUCAAAUGGUUCCAAUCGUAUUUAGAUCAAAGAAAGCAAAUUUGCAUGCUAAAUAACUGUAAAUCUGAUAUUGAAACAAUUCGUUGUGGAGUACCUCAGGGUUCAAAUCUUGGACCUCUAUUAUUUCUCAUUUACAUAAACGACCUCCCAAACUGCCUAGAAACAACACAUUCUAAUUUAUUUGCUGAUGACACAAUUUUAUCAUGUCAAGGGCAUUUAUCCAUAGAUAUUGAAUACAAACUUAACAAAGACCUAGUAAAUGCUCAAAAAUGGUUAUCAGCGAAUAAACUAACAUUAAACAACGAAAAAACCAAAUAUAUGAUUAUUGGAUCUCGGCAACGAUUGAAAAACUUAGAUCACGUGCCAAAAAUCAGUAUAAACGGACAUCAAAUUGAACGAGUUUAUAAAAAGGAAGCUUUGGGUAUAGUUAUAGACGAUAGACUUAGCUGGAAUAGGCAAAAUGAAGAACAAUGCAACAAGAUAUCAAAAAAUAUUAAUCUUUUAAGAAAAGCCAAAGAUUUUGUUGGCCUAGAUACGCUCAAAAUUAUGUAUAACGCAUUAGUCGCGCCUCAUUUUAACUACUGUUCAACU